UCCGGCCGCCAUGGGGACGGGUCCCGGCGUCUCCGGGCACCGUGCGACCUCCAGGCCCAGCCCUGGGGUGCCCUCCCGGGACUCUGCGCCCUACUGGGCGGGAGGGCACGCCCGCGACCGGGAAGGCCAGGUAUGCCACCACACAGAUUGCCAGCAGCUGCACCACCGGGGACCCCUCAACCUCUGCGCGGCCUGUGACAGCAAGUUCCACAGCGCCAUGCACUACGACGGGCAUGUCCGCUUCGACCUGCCCCCCCAAGGCUCCGUCCUGGCCCGGAACGUGUCCACCCGAUCAUGCCCCCCACGCACCAGCCCUGCAGUGGAUUUGGAGGAGGAGGAGGAAAACUCGAUGGAUGGCAAAGGGGACCGGAAGAGCACAGGCCUGAAACUCUCCAAGAAGAAAGCCAGGAGGAGACACACAGACGACCCAAGCAAGGAGUGCUUCACCCUGAAAUUUGACCUGAAUGUGGACAUCGAGACGGAGAUCGUCCCGGCGGUGAAGAAGAAGUCACUGGGGGAGGUGCUGCUGCCCAUAUUUGAAAGGAAGGGCAUCGCACUGGGCAAAGCGGACAUCUACCUGGACCAGUCCAACACACCUCUGUCUCUUACCUUUGAGGCCUACAGGUUCGGGGGACACUACCUGCGGGUCAAAGCCAAGCCAGGGGACGAGGGGAAGGCGGAGCAGGGAGUGAAGGACCCCAAGUCCCUGAGUCUGCCAAUCCUGAGGCCAGCCUGCCCCCCGGCGCUGGAGCGCAUGGACCCGCAGAGCCGCCGGGAGAGCCUGGACAUCCUGGCCCCUGGCCGCCGGCGAAAGAACAUGUCGGAGUUCCUGGGGGAGGCAAGCAUCCCUGGGCAGGAGCCCCCCACGCCUUCCAGCUGCUCUCUGCCCAGCAGCGGUGGCAACGACAGCUGGAAGAACCGGGCCGCCAGUCGCUUCAGCGGCUUCUUCAGCUCAGGCCCCAGCACCAGCACCUUCGGCCGGGAGGUGGACAAGAUGGAGCAGCUGGAGAGCAAGCUGCACGCUUAUGGCCUCUUUGGGCUGCCCAGGCUGCCCCGGAGGCUGCGCUUUGACCACGACUCCUGGGAGGAGGAAGGGGAUGAGGAGGAGGACGAGGAUGACGCCUGCCUGUGGCUGGAGGACAGCUGGCGGGAGCUCAUUGACGGACACGAGAAGCUGACCCGGAGGCAGUGCCACCAGCAGGAGGCGGUGUGGGAGCUCCUGCACACGGAAGCCUCCUACAUUAAGAAACUGCGGGUGAUCACUAAUCUGUUCCUGUGUUGCCUCCUGAACCUGCAAGAGUCUGGGCUGCUGUGUGAGGUGGAUGCGGAGCGUCUGUUCAGCAACAUCCCCGAGAUCGCGCGUCUGCACCGAGGGCUGUGGGGCAGCGUGAUGGCGCCGGUGCUGGAGAAAGCGCGGCGCACACGGGCGCUGCUGCAGCCCGGGGACUUCCUCAAAGGCUUCAAGAUGUUCGGCUCCCUCUUCAAGCCAUACAUCCGGUACUGCAUGGAGGAGGAAGGCUGCAUGGAGUACAUGCGCGGCCUGCUGCGUGACAACGACCUCUUCCGGGCCUAUGUCACGUGGGCCGAGAAGCACCAGCAGUGCCAGCGGCUGAAGCUGAGUGACAUGCUGGCCAAGCCCCACCAGAGGCUCACCAAGUACCCGCUGUUGCUCAAGUCGGUGCUGAGGAAGACGGAGGAGCCCCGAGCCAAGGAGGCCGUCGUCACCAUGAUCGGCUCCGUGGAGCGCUUCAUCCACCAGGUGAACACGUGCAUGCGGCAGCGACAGGAGCGGCAGCGGCUGGCGGCCGUGGUGAGCCGCAUCGACACCUACGAGGUGGUGGAAGGCAGCAACGAUGAGGUGGACAAGCUCCUGAAGGAGUUUCUGCACCUGGACCUGACAGCGCCCAUCCCUGGUGCCUCCCCCGAGGAGACCCGUCAGCUGCUGUUGGAGGGGAGCCUGAGGAUGAAGGAGGGGAAGGACAGCAAGAUGGACGUGUACUGCUUCCUCUUCACGGACUUGCUCUUGGUGACCAAGGCAGUGAAGAAGGCUGAGAGGACCAAGGUCAUCAGGCCACCGCUGCUGGUGGACAAGAUCGUGUGCCGGGAGCUGCGGGACCCCGGCUCCUUCCUCCUCAUCUACCUGAAUGAGUUCCACAGCGCCGUGGGGGCCUACACGUUCCAGGCCAGCGGCCAGACUUUGUGCCGUGGGUGGGUGGACUCCAUUUACAAUGCCCAGAACCAGCUGCAGCAGCUGCGUGCGCAGGAGCACCCGGGCGGCCAACAGCACCUGCAGAGCCUGGAAGAGGAGGAAGACGACCAGGAGGAGGACGAGGAGGAAGAUGAGGAGGACGAGGAAGGUGGGGAAAGCAGCACUUCGGCUGCCAGCUCCCCCACCAUCCUGCGCAAAAGCAGCAACAGCCUGGACUCCCAGCACUGCGCCUCAGACGGCUCCACAGAGACCCUCGCCAUGGUGGUGGUGGAGCCUGGGGAGACGCUGUCCUCUCCUGAGUUCGAGGGCGGCCCCUUCAGCUCCCAGUCGGACGAGACGUCUCUCAGUACCACUGCCUCAUCUGUCACGCCAACCAGCGAGCUGCUGCCCCUGGGUCCCGGGGACAGCCGCUCUUGCUCCAUCGACUCUGCCUACGGCACCCUCUCCCCCACCUCCCUGAGGGACUUUGUGACUCCGGCUCCCGUGGCGGAGCCAGUGCCCCAGCUCCCAGAGUCCCCGCAGGCCCCGUCCCCCGCGCCCUCCCCCCGCCUCCGCCGCCGCACCCCCGUCCAGCUGCUGCCCCACCUGCCCCACCUGCUCAAGUCCAAAUCUGAGGCUAGCCUCCUCCAGCUGCUGUCGGCAGCCACUGCCCACGGAGCGCCCCCAGCCCCCAGCCGCAGCCUGUCGGAACUCUGCUUGGCCACUACGGCCACUGGCACCAGGACUCAGGGCCCCCCUCGGGGAGCUGGGCCUGGCUGGAAUUGUGGGGGGGCGCCAAGCCCCGGCAGUGGCUCUCGGCCGUCAGAGGUGGCGGACAGAACCACCUACCUGGCCGGGGAGCCUGAAGGGCCCGCGGGGAGGAGCCGAGACUUGCCCUCAGGGGCCUCGCCCAGGGUCCAGCCUGAGCCCCCCCCGGGGAUGUCUGCCCAGCACAGGAAGCUGACGCUGGCCCAGCUCUACCGAAUCAGGACCACCUUGCUGCUAAACUCCACGCUCACUGCCUCGUGA